AUGAACUGUGCUCGGGCUCGAAGUCGAAAGUCAGUAGUUGUAGUCCACGAGCGCUGGAGAAAGUCAGUGGGGGUCCCACCUGCGAGCCUACCCUUCUCUAUUCGCCUUGUGGACACCCCUAAAUUAAUAAUAAAAUGUCGCCUUUGGUGUCCCCUCGCUUUUUUUCCGAAAAGGAGGUAUCCAAACAUUGCACCAAGGAUUCGUGCUGGGUGUUGUUAGGGACGCGCGUCUACGAUGUGACGGGGUUCCUCCGGAUGCACCCGGGCGGAGAGGCGCUCAUCCUCCGCCGCUCUGGCAAGGACGUCAGCCGGGAGAUCGAAGGACCGCCACACCGGCACUCGGAGAACGCCCGGAGGUGGAUGGAGCAGUACUACAUUGGUAAACUCGACAAAAACAGCAUAGAUGAAGAUACGGAGACUCUGAGACGGAGGAAAAGGAUCCCUGAAAGCACCACAGAAGAAGAAGAAGAAGAAGAAAUUUCGGCCGUCAAUAAGUGCAGCAAAGUCGAUGAAGAAACGGAUCUGGUAGACUGGAGGAAGCCCCUGGCCUGGCAGGUGGGAUACCUCGGAGAGAAAUAUGACACGUGGGUCCAUCAGCCUGUGGACAGACCGAUCAGGCUGUUCGAGAACGACUUUUUCGAGGCCAACACAAAGACUUACUGGUACAUGGUGCCAAUUGUAUGGAUGCCUUUGGUGAUCUAUCUGAGCUGGUACUGCUAUUCGUUUCUGGCACAAGAGAGGACAAGACUAUUUAUUACAUCAGACUACUCCAUUCUGGUCCACAAGUACAGUUUUCCGUUAAUUUUCAUGCUUGGCAUGUUCCUGUGGUCGUUCAUGGAGUACUGCAUCCAUCGCUUCGUCUUCCACAUGCGCCCACCCGCCCACAAUUAUUACCUUAUCACACUGCACUUCCUGUUGCAUGGUCAGCACCACAAGUCUCCGUUUGACGGCUCUCGUCUGGUGUUUCCUCCGAGUCUGGCCGCCAUCGUCAUUGGUGCUUUUUACCUGACACUCAUGCAGCUGUUCUCUGAGGGUCUGGGGUUGUCCCUGUUCGUCGGGGGUCUGUGUGGAUACGUGGUCUACGACAUGAUCCACUACUACCUGCACUACGGCUCGCCACGGAAGGGCUCCUACUUGUACGGGCUGAAAGCGUACCACGUCAAACACCACUUUGAACACCAAAGGGCAGGUUUUGGGAUCACCACCAGAUUCUGGGACCACCCCUUUAAAACAGUCAUCCCUGAGCAGACGUUUUAGAAGACCUUUUUUUUUUAUGCCACAAUGACCAAAUCAAAAUCCCCCAUAAGGCUCUCUCUUUUGCAUUCUCCCUUUAGCACUGGGUUAGGUUCAGUGUCAGGACCAGCUAUUAUCGCCUUAGGUUCACCAUCAUCAUCAUCGUCGUCGCCAUCAGUUUUUUAGAGAAGGGGGUGGGGGGGGGCUGGGGGGUCCUGAAAAAAAAAACAGAGUGACAGAUUGUCAAGCUAUGUAACUAUUUAUAUAAUAUGUAUGAAUGUACUGACGAAUCAAACGUUGGAUGAAAUCUGUCUUUUAUUAGAAGCACAGCAAUAUCAAACUCAGUUUUCAUGUAAAAUAAAGAGAUGUUUAGACUGGGGGACGAUGUGUGAAGGUGCGAGUGGAAAUGAAUUCUUAGUCGUAGUGUUAAAAAGCUGAAGGCUAGCAGAAGUAGGUCCUUUCGGUGGCCACGUGUGCUAUUGAAAACUCAGGAAAGUCUUUAACUGUUCUCAGUGUUGAUGCUGCAGCCGCUUACGGAUCAUUGCUUUGCCCGAGCCCGAGCUGUCUUUCCGAACUGUGCUCCGCCUGUUUCAUUCUGCUCUGGUGGUUUUUCUUUCCUUUCUCAUCUCGCCCACUUCGAGGUGUUUUUUGCCAAUCGACUUAUUAAUAUCCUGAUCCGGAGGACGUCAAAAGUAGCUGCUCCUCGAGUAAUAUGUUACAUAUCCAGUGAGAUAUUAAGUUAUUGAGGACUGAAGCUUGGUUUUGGUUCUCCUGGCUAACACAUGGGGACAUUAAGCACUUUGAGCUCAAGGUGAGGGCGUGAAGCGGGGUGCACGGGCCUCUCCUGCCGGUGAGGGUUGCCAGCUGUCGAUAUCUGUCAUAGGGUGAUGGGUCUGUAGAAAUCCUCUGUCGUCAUCAAUGUCGAUCUAUCCGGCGCAAGCCUUCCAUCAAGUGUGACGAACUGUUGCAUCUGACCAGGCGUCAGGAGAGCGACAACAUCCUCGGCUGAUUUCUUAACCAUUCUUACGGCAGAUUUGUUCACUCGUCCGACACUUUUGUGUUGUUUCCUGCUCGUUUUAACUCCUGCCUUUGUUUUGACUCUGGUUCAAUGAUGUUGGAAUUCUGGGAAAUAUCCUAGAAAAGCUGUGACCACAUGUAACUGUUUCAUACAGUCAUUAUGAGCAUAAUUAAUGCUUAAGACGAAAUAUACAUAAUAAUAUGAUAUUUAAGUAAAAAUUAUCUUUGAUGUGCCUUAGGGGCAUUGCCUACCUUCCUGCUCCUUCCAAGCCAAUGAGAUUGCAUAACUGUUUGGGCGUUUCAGCCAAAGACAUGGAAGGACAUUUGAAUAGAGCUUUUCUUCAUACCGUGAUUCUGUGGCACAAUGAAACUAAUAAAAUGCAAUGGACACUGUAAUGAUUUUUGAUUAUUUUGUAACUGUGACACCAUCCUGGACAGAUCCCAUGUCAUGGGAGAAUGCUUUCAAAUGAGGCAAGUCAACAGAGCAAUAUACCGUAUUUUUUGGACUAUAAGUCACACCUGAGUAUAAGUGGCAUCAGUCCAAAAAUACGUCAUGAUGAGGAAAAAAAAUAUAUAAAAGUCGCACUGGACUAUAAGUCGCAUUUAUUUAGAACCAAGAACCAAGAGAAAGCAUUACCGUCUCCAGCCCCGAGAGGGCGCUAUAUGUCUUCAGUGUAGACUACAGAAGCACUGAGCAGCAUAGAGCGCCCUCUCGCGGCUGUAGACAGUAAUGUUUUCUCUUGGUUCAUUUCUCUCGGCUCAUGUCAAAUUAAUUUUGAUAAAUAAGUCGCACCUGACUAUAAGUCGCAGGACCAGACCAACUAUGAAAAAGUGCGACUUAUAGUCCCGAAAAUACGGUAUUUAUCUGUUUACUUUUGAAGUGAAGUGAAGUGACAUUCAGCCAAGUAUGGUGACCCAUACUCAGAAUUUGUGCUCUGCAUUUAACCCAUCCGAAGUGCACACACACAGAGUAGUGAACACACACACACACACACACUGUGAGCACACACCCGGAGCAGUGGGCAGCCAUUUAUGCUGCGGCGCCCGGGGAGCAGUUGGGGGUUCAAUGCCUUGCUCAAGGGCACCUAAGUCGUGGUAUUGAAGGUAGAGAGAGAACUGUACAUGCACUCCCAUGCACUGUUUAAUCACAUUGGAAGGUUUUUAAUUCAGAUAAAAUUUUCAGCUAUAGAUGCCUAUGAUAAAUCUGUUUACUAUGUAUUUUUAUUUUGGAAUUUAAAAUUUCUAUGCAAAUGCAAUUGUAUUUGUAAAUAAACUGUAUAUUUCUGAGAAAA